AUGAAGACCCUGUCUCUUUUCAGUCCACUGGAGAAACUCCGCGAGGGCGUCCCGAGAGCCCGGCGGCUGCUCGGGCAAGGCUGCCGUCAAGUGCGCAAGUCCCAGGGGCGGAGCAUGCCUUUCCUGCUGAUGGGUGCGAAUGAUCAGAAUCAGUGGAACAAAAGGGAGCCUAGCAGUGGGAGCUACAACCCCUCUACUGGGACCAGCUACUAUAGCUGUGUGAGUCAGAUUACUAUCGGCUUUGACCUGGGAGGACAGCUUGCUUUGGGGAUCUCUCGCUGGAGGAACGCUCUGGCCCAGGACGGCCCAUCUUUGCCCAGUCCGGAUGGAGCACACUCUGAGGCUGCAGCGACACCAGCACGUGUGGAGCAUUCUGAUCCAGUGUCCUGCCCUGCUUCCCUGUCAAUCACCCCAGUGCCCUCCUACUGCAGUAGCCAGGAGACCUUGAGUGAGAGCAGCACAGGAGUAAGUCUAUCUAUUCAUGGGGCAGAACUUCAGAGACAGAGCCCCCAAAUACGCAGUGUUCCCCACCAUCCCUUGCACCGCUGCAUGGCAGUGGUAACCAGCUCCCCACCAGUAACCAUGGAAGGGUCUUCCUCAGGAGCCCCCGACUCCACAGCGACUCAUGAGGAAGCUCCACUCUCAGUCUUUAAGGAUGUGAAUAUUUCACUGGAGGAAACAAAGGGGGGAGACAGCCUGUCCAAAGAUGAGGACUCCCUACUGAACCCUGGAACUCAAAAUAGCAGUCUUACUGAACACAGUACACUGGACCACGCCACAGAGGGAGGUAGGAGUAGGUCCAGUGGGUUGUACUUCAGUGAUGGGAAGUGCCGCAUCGAUUACAUUCUGGUUUACAGGAAGUCUAAUCCACAAUCUGAGAAACGAAAAGUCUUUGAGAGGAACAUUCGAGCAGAGGGUCUUCAAAUGGAAAAGGAGGCCUCCAUCACACAUAGCGAUGUCAUCUUUCUGAAGCUGCAUGCACCCUGGGAGGUGCUUUGUCGUUAUGCUGAGCUCAUGAACAUCCGUAUGCCCUUCAGGAGGAAAAUAUAUUAUCUGCAUCGACGGUAUAAGUUCAUGAGCCGGAUGGAGAAGAGGAUAAGCAGGUUUCGGGGGUGGCUCCCUCGCAAGCCCAUGAAGUUUGAUGAUGACACUCUACCCGACUUGGAGGAGACUGAAAGUUUCACUGCUCCAUUCAGCCAGCAGAGAAUCCACCAUUUCAUCAUUCACAACAAAGACACCUUCUUCAGCAACGCCACCCGCAGUCGAAUUGUCCAUCAUAUCCUACAAAGAGUCAAAUAUGAAGAAGGCAAAAAUAAAAUUGGACUGAAUCGUCUUCUGAGCAAUAAUUCAUAUGAAGCAGCAUUUCCCCUGCAUGAGGGCAGCUACAGGAGUAAGAAUUCCAUCCGGACCCACGGGGCAGAGAACCACCGACACCUGCUGUUCGAGUGCUGGGCAUGGUGGGGUGUUUGGUACAAGUAUCAGCCACUUGAUCUGAUAAGGAGGUACUUUGGGGAGAAGAUUGGGUUAUAUUUCGCCUGGCUGGGCUGGUACACAGGGAUGCUUUUCCCAGCAGCACUGGUGGGGCUGCUAGUCUUCCUGUAUGGAGUCUUCACCUUGGAGCACUGCCAAGUCAGUAAAGAAGUAUGCCAGGCCACUGAUAUUAUAAUGUGCCCCUUGUGUGACAAGUACUGUCCCUACAUGAGACUGUCAGAGAGCUGUGUGUAUGCCAAGGUCACACAUCUUUUCGACAAUGGAGCCACAGUGUUCUUUGCUGUGUUUAUGGCUGUUUGGGCAACUGUGUUCCUAGAGUUCUGGAAGAGAAGGCGUGCUGUGCUUGCAUAUGACUGGGACCUUGUGGACUGGGAGGAGGAAGAGGAAGAAAUUCGUCCACAGUUUGAGGCAAAAUAUUCAAAGAAGGAGAGAACGAAUCCUAUAUCUGGGAGACCAGAGCCCUAUCAAGCUUUCACUGAUAAAUACAGCCGACUGAUUGUGUCUGCUUCAGGAAUAUUCUUCAUGAUCCUGGUGGUGAUCGCAGCUGUGUUUGGAAUCGUGAUCUACCGUGUGGUGACAGUGAGCACGUUUGCUGCCUUCGACUGGGCCUUGAUCAGGAACAACUCCCAGGUGGCCACAACUGGAACCGCAGUGUGCAUCAAUUUCUGCAUCAUCAUGCUGCUGAAUGUGCUGUAUGAAAAGGUGGCCCUUUUUCUCACAAAUUUAGAGCAGCCUCGCACAGAGUCUGAGUGGGAGAACAGCUUCACACUGAAAAUGUUCCUCUUCCAGUUUGUCAACCUCAACAGCUCCACAUUUUACAUUGCCUUCUUCCUGGGGAGAUUCACUGGCCGUCCAGGAGCCUACAUCCGGCUCCUUGACCGCUGGAAGCUGGAGGAGUGCCAUCCGAGUGGCUGUCUCAUAGACCUGUGCAUGCAGAUGGGCAUCAUCAUGGUGCUGAAGCAGACCUGGAACAACUUCAUGGAGCUGGGCUAUCCGCUCAUCCAGAACUGGUGGACACAACACCGCCUGCGUCAGGAACAUGGCCAAAAAGCGAGGUUCCCUCAGUGGGAGAAGGACUACAACCUGCAGCCCAUGAAUGCCUAUGGUCUGUUUGAUGAAUACCUUGAGAUGAUUCUGCAGUUUGGCUUCACCACCAUAUUUGUGGCAGCUUUCCCCCUGGCACCUCUCCUAGCUUUGCUGAACAACAUCAUUGAGAUACGACUGGAUGCAUACAAGUUUGUCACCCAGUGGAGACGACCUCUGCCCUCACAAGCCAAAGACAUAGGCAUCUGGUAUGGGAUCUUGGAAGGCAUUGGAAUACUCUCCGUGAUCACCAAUGGGUUUGUCAUUGCUGUGACCUCUGACUUCAUUCCACGGCUUGUAUAUGCCUACAAGUAUGGGCCCUGUGCUGGCCAGGGACAGGCAGGAGAGAGGUGUAUGGUGGGGUACGUUAAUGCCAGCUUAUCAAUAUUUAGGAUUGCAGAUUUCGAAAAGAAAUCAGAGCCCAGGACAAAUGGAUCAGAUAUAUUUGGGUCAGCCAUAAAGUACUGCAGAUAUCGGGAUUACAGGGAGCCUCCAGACUCCAUGCAGCCUUACUCCUACACUCUGCAGUUCUGGCAUGUGCUUGCAGCCCGCCUCGCUUUCAUCAUCGUGUUCGAGCACCUGGUUUUCACCAUCAAAACGCUGAUUGCCUACCUGAUCCCAGACCUGCCGAAGGACCUGCGCGAUCGCAUGCGGCGUGAAAAGUACCUCAUCCAGGAAAUGAUGUACGAGGCAGAGCUGGAGCGUCUGCAGCGUGAGAGGAAUGAGAAGAGGAGGGGCCACACACACCACAAUGAGUGGCCCUGAUGUCCUAGGGGCCCCAGAGGUUCUCUCCUACUGCAGUGCGUGCUGCUGGGGAGACCAAACAUGCAUGGCAGGAACGGGAAAGGGGAGCUGGUGAUAUUAAUAUUUUCCACCCCAUCCAGCAUGUUCUUUCAAUGCAACAUUGUGUCCCAAUUUGUAACUCUAGGAAAAGUUGUAUUAUCGAACAUUUGAUGAUGGGUAACUAUGGGUGUCUACUUGCAAUAGAUGUCAGGAAACUGGGGCAUUUCCUCCAACAACUGAAUGCAAAUACAGAACACAUGAUUUUCACAGUCAGAAUUAAAAAUCAGAAUUAUAUUAUCUUUCAUGUUGAUGAAUGA